AAGGGCACCCAUUCGGUCUCCACGCCCGGACCCCCGUGGAGCCGUCCUAGCCACUGCCUCGCCGAGUGUGCAGCUGAGCUCCGUUUAGGCAGAAUCAGCGAGCGCCGCGCCCGGGCAUUGCCAGCCCCGGGGAGGCGCCGCCCGCAAGGACACCUCUCUGUCCCGCCUCGUCCGCAACUCUGGUCCUCGUCGAGCUCGACGCGAGCCAGGAGUCUGGACGUUCCUCUGCGCGCAGCCCAACAGCCUGAGCAGUCCCUGUUGCCCCAGCUCGGAGCCAACACCAUCUCGGACCUGGGACCCCGGACGCGGAUUCUCAGCCACUUCUCACCUCGGGGCUGUGCCUGCCUCUCCACUCGCCCUCCUGCUGCCUCCUUCUCCGCUCAGGACGGGGGUGCCAAGAUGCCCAGCUGCUGCGCAGGGCCCCGGGCCUCCCCCGACGUGUGACCCCAGCCUGGUCCCCCUGCUCGGCCGUCCGCCCUCCCCUUGGAGACCCCCGGCCCGGCCCCCGGGGGAGGAGGAAGAAGACGACGAGGCCGAGGGGGGGAUGUCCGUCUCCAAAAGCGUGAGCCCUCCGGGCUACGCGGCGCAGACAGCAGCGGCGCCGGCUUCCCGGGGAGGCCAGGAACACCGCUCCGCCUGGGGGGAGGCCAAUUCCCGCGCCAAUGGCUAUCCCCACGCCCCUGGGGAUUCUGCCCGCGGCUCCACCAAGAAACCCGGGGGGGCGGUGACCCCGCAGCAGCAGCAGCGCUUGGCCAGCCGCUGGCGCGGCGACGACGACGACGAACCUCCGCUGGGCGGCGACGACCCUCUGGCCGCGGGCUUCGGCUUCAGCUUCCGCUCCAAGUCGGCCUGGCAGGAGCGCGGCGGCGACGACUGUGGCCGCGGCAGCCGCCGGCAGCGGCGGGGUGCGGCCGGCGGGGGCAGCACCCGGGCGCCCCCUGCGGGUGGCGGCGGCGGCUCAGCGGCGGCCGCCGCAGCCGGCGGGACCGAGGUGCGCCCGCGCUCUGUGGAGCUGGGCCUGGAAGAGCGGCGGGGCAAGGGCUGCGCGGCCGACGAGCUGGAGGCCGGCGCCGUCGAGGGCGACGAGAGGUCCGGGGAUGGUGGCAGUUCGGCAGGCUCGGGUGCGGGGCCCGGCGCGGUGCUGUCGCUGGGCGCCUGCUGCCUGGCGCUGCUGCAGAUAUUCCGCUCCAAGAAGUUCCCGUCGGACAAGCUGGAACGGCUGUACCAGCGCUACUUCUUCCGUCUGAACCAGAGCAGCCUCACUAUGCUCAUGGCCGUGCUGGUGCUCGUGUGCCUCGUCAUGCUGGCCUUCCACGCUGCGCGGCCGCCACUCCAGCUGCCCUACCUGGCCGUGCUGGCGGCCGCUGUGGGCGUGAUCCUCCUCAUGGCCGUGCUCUGCAACCGCGCCGCUUUCCACCAGGACCACAUGGGCCUCGCCUGCUAUGCGCUCAUCGCCGUGGUGCUGGCCGUGCAGGUAGUGGGCCUGCUGCUGCCCCAGCCGCGCAGCGCCUCCGAGGGCAUCUGGUGGACCGUGUUCUUCAUCUACACCAUCUACACACUGCUGCCCGUGCGCAUGCGGGCCGCGGUCCUCAGCGGGGUGCUCCUGUCUGCCCUCCACCUGGCUAUUGCCCUGCACACCAACGCCCAGGACCAGUUCCUGCUCAAGCAGCUUGUCUCCAAUGUCCUCAUUUUCUCCUGCACCAACAUCGUGGGUGUCUGCACACACUACCCGGCGGAGGUCUCCCAGAGACAGGCCUUCCAGGAGACCCGGGAGUGCAUCCAGGCGAGGCUCCACUCACAGCGGGAGAACCAGCAGCAGGAGCGGCUCCUGCUGUCUGUCCUGCCCCGUCACGUUGCCAUGGAGAUGAAAGCCGACAUCAAUGCCAAGCAGGAGGAUAUGAUGUUCCAUAAGAUUUACAUCCAGAAACAUGACAACGUGAGCAUCCUGUUUGCUGACAUCGAGGGCUUCACUAGCCUGGCAUCCCAGUGCACUGCCCAGGAGCUGGUCAUGACCCUCAACGAGCUCUUUGCCCGCUUUGACAAGCUGGCUGCGGAGAAUCACUGUUUACGUAUUAAGAUCCUGGGGGAUUGUUAUUACUGCGUCUCAGGGCUGCCGGAAGCAAGGGCCGACCACGCCCACUGCUGUGUGGAGAUGGGCAUGGACAUGAUUGAGGCCAUCUCCCUUGCCCCCACUCUGUGUGCCUGGCCCCUGAUCCCCUCCCAGCCUUACCCCUGCUCCAUCCCCAGGUUGGUCCGGGAGGUGACAGGGGUGAACGUGAACAUGCGCGUGGGAAUUCACAGCGGGCGAGUACACUGCGGUGUCCUUGGUCUCAGGAAGUGGCAAUUCGACGUCUGGUCCAAUGACGUCACGCUGGCCAACCACAUGGAGGCUGGAGGCAAGGCAGGACGCAUCCACAUCACCAAGGCCACACUCAACUACCUGAAUGGCGACUACGAGGUGGAGCCAGGCUGCGGGGGCGAGCGCAAUGCCUACCUCAAGGAGCACAGUAUCGAGACCUUCCUCGUCCUGAGCUGCACCCAGAAGCGGAAAGAAGAGAAGGCCAUGAUUGCCAAGAUGAAUCGCCAGAGAACCAACUCCAUUGGGCACAACCCUCCACACUGGGGAGCUGAGCGCCCCUUCUACAACCACCUGGGUGGCAACCAGGUGUCCAAGGAGAUGAAGCGGAUGGGUUUUGAAGACCCUAAAGACAAGAAUGCCCAGGAAAGUGCCAACCCAGAGGAUGAAGUGGACGAGUUUCUGGGCCGUGCCAUUGACGCCAGGAGCAUUGACAGGCUGCGGUCUGAGCACGUCCGCAAGUUCCUCUUGACCUUCAGGGAGCCUGACUUAGAGAAGAAGUAUUCCAAGCAGGUGGAUGACCGACUCGGUGCCUACGUGGCGUGUGCCUCACUCGUCUUCCUCUUCAUCUGCUUUGUCCAGAUCACCAUUGUGCCCCACUCUGUGUUCAUGUUGAGUUUCUACCUGACCUGUUUCCUGCUGCUGACCUUGGUGGUAUUUGUAUCCAUGAUCUACUCCUGUGUGAAGGGAGAAGAAGAGGGGGGACAGCCCACCUGCCUGCCUGCACUGGCCAUUCUCUUCCCAGCCCCACUGCAGAUGCUCUCCAGGAAGAUCGUGCGGUCCAGGAUGAACAGCACCCUGGUCGGGGUGCUCACUAUCACCCUGGUGUUCCUGUCAGCUUUUGUCAACAUGUUCAUGUGCAACUCCAAUGACCUGUUCGGCUGCCUGGCGGAGGAGCACAACAUCAGUGCCAGCCACGUCAAUGCGUGCCACGUGGUGGAGUCGGCCGCCAACUACAGCCUGGGUGCUGAGCGGGGCUUCUGCAGCAGCUCCUGGCCCAACUGCAGCUUCCCCGAGUACUUCACCUACAGCGUGCUGCUCAGCCUGCUGGCCUGCUCCGUGUUCCUGCAGAUCAGCUGCAUUGGGAAGCUGGUGCUCAUGCUGGCCAUCGAGCUCGUAUACGUGCUCAUCGUCGAGGUGCCCGGUGUCACGCUCUUUGACAAUGCUGACCUGCUGGUCACCGCCAAUGCCAUAGACUUCAACAACAACGGGACCUCCCAGUGCCCUGAGCACGCGACUAAGGUGGCGCUGAAGGUAGUGACACCCAUCAUCAUCUCAGUCUUUGUGCUGGCCCUGUACCUGCACGCCCAGCAGGUGGAGUCCACCGCCCGCCUCGACUUCCUCUGGAAACUUCAGGCCACGGAGGAGAAGGAGGAGAUGGAGGAGCUGCAGGCCUACAACCGGCGGCUGCUGCACAACAUCCUACCCAAGGACGUGGCCGCCCACUUCCUGGCCCGCGAGAGGCGCAACGACGAGCUCUACUAUCAGUCGUGUGAGUGCGUGGCCGUCAUGUUCGCCUCCAUCGCUAACUUCUCUGAGUUCUACGUGGAGCUGGAGGCCAACAACGAGGGCGUUGAGUGCCUGCGGCUGCUCAACGAGAUCAUCGCCGACUUUGAUGAGAUCAUCAGUGAGGAUCGGUUCAGGCAGCUGGAAAAGAUCAAGACCAUUGGCAGCACCUACAUGGCCGCCUCGGGCCUCAACGACUCCACCUACGACAAGGUGGGCAAGACGCACAUCAAAGCGCUGGCCGACUUCGCCAUGAAGCUGAUGGACCAAAUGAAGUACAUCAAUGAGCACUCCUUCAACAACUUCCAGAUGAAGAUCGGGCUCAAUAUUGGCCCAGUGGUGGCUGGGGUGAUCGGGGCUCGCAAGCCUCAGUACGACAUCUGGGGCAAUACAGUGAACGUGGCCAGCCGCAUGGACAGCACUGGCGUGCCCGACCGCAUCCAGGUCACCACGGACAUGUACCAGGUUCUGGCUGCCAACACAUACCAGCUGGAGUGCAGGGGUGUGGUCAAGGUCAAGGGCAAAGGCGAGAUGAUGACCUACUUCCUCAAUGGAGGGCCCCCGCUAAGUUAGCAGCUGCCAGCAACGAUGCCAGGCAGCCUGGCCCUCCAGAGGAAUGGAAAUGGCUUGUGUGCCGGCCAGGCAGGUGGAAGCCUGUGCUCCAGCCCACAUGGCCGCACUGGUGACAUUUUCCGCUUUGACUCCAGAAGCAGCUUCUUGCCUUUGAGGCGGGCAGCGGCCUCCUUCCCAGGCCCUGGGGUGCCAGCGUCCUGCCAGCACCAAGCUGACCAAAGAUGCUUCCCCCUGUAGCAGACUUUGCGAGAUGCGAUCUGAAUCCUGAGUUUUUGAACAGGUGCUGCUGCACGGGUGGCAAGGAGCUGCCGAGUGUCUCCCGGUGUGCAGCAGCCCAGCUUGCCACAGCUGGGCUGAGGGAGAGGCCUCGGCGCCACGCCGGCCCGGAACCCAGGACCCUGAGGGGUCUGCUUUUCUAUGUGAGCCUUUAACUUCAGACAGAGGUGGAGGCCCCUGCUCUGUGGAGGGGCUCUUGGGCAGAAGUGCUGGCUUCUGGAGGGACUUUAAGUGGCCUUCCUCGGGGUCCUCCUCCUC